AAAAGAGAGUACCCCCUCAACUGCGAUUUCCGUUCCCUUUGGCAUCGGGACCUUGUAAACACAGCAGCAGUCCCUGAAGAAAGGGAGAAUUCAGAUCAGAUAUAGAAACCGAGAAGUCUGGGCUUCCAACCAAAGGCUUUCUCCAUUCUGAAAAACUCGGGCCCAUCUCCUUAGCCCUUCCCCAGGCUGCCAGCAGGUGGCACCACCAUCAGGGAUUUCAAAACCAAAACUACAUUAAACUGGAAAGAUUUUUUUCCGUUUUGUUUAUGCAAAUAGUUCCUUCCCUACAACAUUCCUCCGGGAAUGGUCCCCUCCUUCCCCUCCACAGUCAUUCCCUCCCCCUUGCCUCCCCUGCAUGACCGCUCUCUCCCUCAACACAGAGUGGAUGAAGACACUGUCAGGAGAGUCCAGGAUCCAAAAACAAGCCUUGAGAAAUGUGCCUCUUAUACCUCCUGGUGCCCAUCCUGUUCUGCCGCGUGGGAGGCUCCAUCCCCGUUUCGCAGAAGCUCUUUGGGGAAGUGACAUCUCCUCUGUACCCCAAGCCUUACCCCAGCAACUUUGAGAAAACCACUGUGAUCACAGUGCCCACAGGAUUCAGAGUGAAGCUCAUCUUCUGGCAGUUUGACCUGGAGCCUUCUGAAGGCUGUUUGUAUGACUAUGUCAAGAUCUCUGCUGACAAAAAAACUCUGGGGAGGUUCUGUGGGCAAGUGGGUUCUCCACUGGGCAACCCCCCAGAAGCAAAGGAAUUUAUGUCUCAAGGGAACAAGAUGCAGCUGACCUUCCACACGGACUUCUCCAAUGAGGAGAAUGGCACCAUUAUGUUCUAUAAGGGCUUCCUGGCCUAUUACCAAGCUGUGGACCUCGAUGAAUGUGCUUCCCAGCGAAACUCACGCGGCCUCACCCUCCACCUCAAGUUCCUGGAGCCUUUUGAAAUCGAUGACCACCAGCAAGUACACUGCCCCUAUGACCAGCUACAGAUCUAUGCCAACGGGAGGAACAUCGGCGAGUUCUGUGGGAAGCAAAGACCCGCUGACUUUGACAGCAGCAGCAAUGCGGUGGAUCUGCUGUUCUUCACAGAUGACUCGGGGGACAGCCGAGGCUGGAAGCUGCAUUAUACCACUGAAAUCAUCAAGUGCCCCCAGCCGCAGACCCUAGACAAGUUCACCAUCAUCCAGAACCUACAGCAGCAAUACCAGUUCCGUGACUACUUCAUUGCCACCUGCCAACAAGGCUACCAGCUCGUGGAGGGAAACCAGGUGCUGCUCUCCUUCACAGCUGUCUGUCAGGAUGAUGGCACCUGGCAUCGUGCCAUGCCCAGGUGCAAGAUCAAGGACUGUGGGCCACCCCGAAGCCUGACUAAUGGGGCCUUCAAUUACGCCACCACAAAGGGGGUGAACACCUACCAGGCCCGUAUCCAGUACUACUGCCAGGAGCCAUAUUAUAAGAUGCAUACCAGAGGCGGCAUCAGCGAGACCGCACGAGGGGCCUAUACCUGCACAGCAGAGGGCAUAUGGAAGAAUGAAUGGGAAGGAUCGAAGAUUCCUCGGUGUUUGCCAGUGUGUGGGAAACCCGUCCACCCUGUGGAACAGAAGCAGCGUAUCAUUGGAGGGCAAAAAGCCAAGUUAGGCAACUUCCCCUGGCAGGCCUUCACCAACAUCUAUGGGCGAGGGGGUGGAGCCCUGCUGGGCGACCGCUGGAUCCUCACCGCUGCCCACACCCUCUACCCCAAGGAUCAUGAAGCACAAGGCAAUGCCACCGUGGAUGUGUUCCUGGGCCACGUAAGCGUGGAAGAGAUCACAAAACUAGCAAACCACCCUGUCCGCAGGGUGAGCAUCCACCCAGACUACCGCCAGGAUGAGUCCCACAAUUUUGAGGGGGACAUUGCCCUCUUGGAGCUGGAAAAUAGUGUCACCCUGGGCCCCAACCUCCUCCCCAUCUGCCUCCCUGACAACGAGACCUUCUAUGACAGGGGCCUCAUGGGCUAUGUCAGUGGCUUUGGGAUAAUGGAGGAGAGGCUUUCUUAUGACCUCAAGUUUAUCCGUCUGCCUGUAGCUAAGCGAGAGGCAUGUGAGACCUGGCUCCGGAAAAAUAAGAGGAAUGAUGUGUUUUCUCAAAACAUGUUCUGUGCUGGGGACCCGUCUCUAAAGCAGGAUGCCUGUCAGGGGGAUAGCGGAGGGGUCUUUGCAGUGAAGGAUGAGCACAACAAUCGCUGGGUGGCCACAGGCAUAGUGUCCUGGGGCAUUGGGUGCAGCAGGGGCUAUGGCUUCUACACCAAAUUACUCAACUAUGUGGACUGGAUCAAGAAGGAGAUGGAGGGGGAGGACUGAACCCAGAAUUCACUAGGGCAGAAUCCAGAGGGCAGUGCCUAAAAAAAAAAAAAAUUAUCUGACCAGUUAUU